UUUAGACAUGAGUCAGUUCUUGGGCCGUCAGGACUGUAUCGAAAGCCUCCGGAAAGACCUCGUCGACCUUCAAGGUGCGAUUCUGGACGUCUUUUCCAGAACCGGACCGGGCCGCUUUUCCUCCUGGAAGUUCCCCGAUAAACUCUCCUCUAAUCUGGACAUGGUAGCUCUACUGGAGCAGUAUGACUUUGUGGAUGGGGAGGAUGCAUUCAAUCAGCACUCCCACAUUGUGUUAUUGGAGCUGGUGAUUGACAGACUAUUGCUCCUUCUACAAAGCUUCAAUGCUUAUGUUGAGCAAAUUAGGUGCAGCCACAGGAGAGAACAAACCCAGCAGAAAGGAUGCCUGUCAGUUGGUCUUGUAGUCAGAAACUAUUGGAGUAAUUUAGUUCAAUUUGACAACCUUAAGGGCAUGUACAAAGACAUCAAGAAACAGACAAACGCAAAGACAUGUGAUGAGACAGAGACAGUGUCAUCUGUCUCCCCCCAAAUUAGCUCAAAGAGUGACUAUUGCAGACAUUGCUUAUCUGCCCAGUCUUCAAAAAGCUCCUUCAAGUUUUUGUCACAGAAUCAUGUACCCUCCAGUUCUACCCACAACACCCCAUGCUAUCCUAAAGUUGACAGCUACAAUGUAAGCUGCCAGACAGUUGAAUCAUCCCUUGUUCCCUGCGACGCAUGUCAUCAAGUGCAAUCCAUUUUGAGAAAAACAGGAAAUGCUUUGGUAGAGCUGUUUCAGAGUGAGGGUCUCCCCUCAUCUCUGCAGCCACUCUUAGUAGCUGUGAAGGACACGCUGGAGCUGGGACAUAUGACAGCAGGCGAUGUUGCUCAGUGGGCCAAUGAGCAGCUCCGAGACAUGCGCCGGCUGGCAAAACAUCUUCAAGAUGUGCGGGGUACAGUGCAGCCUCUUAAAGAUAGACUAGUGGCAGCAGAAACAGAGCGGGAUAGAUUCAAGUCUCAGUUGGAAAGAGCGCAGAAAGAGUUCAAGCAAGAUAUUGAAAAACACCAAGCAAACAUAGUCCAGCUGGAGUUUUCACUGCGGAAAGCUCAGAGAUCCAUGAAAGAAACAGAGCAAAAGCUGCAAGAGGAGCAACAACAGCUCAAGAGAGAAACUCUGUGCUUGGAGGAGAGUAAUUCCAGACUGAAAGAGAAAGUAGCAGUACAGCAAGAUACAUUACAAACACUUGAAUGUGAAAAGAAUGUGCUGCAGGAGAAAGUGAGGACCUUGCACAUAGAGGAAGAGGCCUGUUGUAAACUACAGCAAAGGAUCCAGCAGUUAGAGAGUCAAAUCUCUGAAACUCAGCUUCGUUUUGACAAAGAGAAUGCCAAGUACCACAGUGCUUGUCACCAGCAAGAGUCAAUGCAGGCAAAGCAGAAAUCUUUGUUAAAGAGAGUUGAUGCUCUUGACGAAGAGUGCGAAGAGCUGCAGAGGCAGUUGGGAGAGAGGGAGGAGAGACAGAUCGACCUACACAAUCAGCUGCAAAAGAUGUCAGAGGAGAAGGAAGAAGUGCAGGCUCAGCUCGCUCAACAGCAGGACCUGUGUUUAGAGCUCCAUAAGGAGAAGCAGACACUAGAAACACACGUAGGCGAGCUUAAGAACAGUGUGGCUGAGCUGAAGGAAUACGUGCAAGCUUUAAGGGAGAGGGAGAGGCUGCUGGUGGCUUUCCCAGAGCUCAGCCCUCUGGCUCAGGCCCAACCACAGAGUACAGGAAACGUGCUUUUGGAUAUGGAGCAACAACUGCAGGCAAAUAACAUUCGUAUAAAAGUUCUGGAGCAGGAAAACACUACCCUGCACACUAGUCUUGUGAAGCUGAGGGACAGAGCACAAAAUAAUGCAACCAGGGAAGCCUCAUCUCAGGAGGCAUGGAGCUUCUCUUCGCCCAGCAUAACAGUGGAAAAACAACAAAAUCACCUGACGCAAAUGCAGAAGAGUCUAUUGCAGAGCAGCAGUGCAACACAGGUGGGAUACAGUAACAGAGGGAAGGAAGCAAGACGAGGGGAAAGUGGUCUGGAGUCAGCUAGGUCAGAGGAUCGUGUGUCCACUGCCGCUGCCUCCCCCUCGUCCCUGCAACUUCACCUUCAAACCCUCUACCUCAACACGGGCUCCACUGCUGCUAAAAGCCACACAAAAAUGCGCAGUGGUUCUCUCCUUUCUCACUCCAGAGGCUUGAAUCAGAGGAAAAAAUGAAACCCUGAGUGCGUAAAUGCAUUUAAACAGAAGACAGUCUUGCAGUUGGAGAGAGAAAGAACACAGCUUUGUAUGAGGAGUCUUUGGCAAGAACUACGUGGCUCAUAAAAGGCACAUUCCCAUGAUGUCUUAUAGUACAUUAUACCACACUAACGUUUUAACACACAAAUGUUUUUGUAAUUUUACGUUGUCAUUAUGUACACGUGUGACAGUGGAUGACCACUGUUACCACUACAUCUCUCAUUAUGUUAAGUUGAAUAUACAUAUAUAAUAAACUUACUGUGGAUAUAUAGAA